UUUUUAGGAGGGAGACCCUCCUUCGCGGCCGCCCGCUCGCAGCCAUGGCUUUGAAGGAGGCGGGCGGCAGCAUCCUGCCCAUCAGCGAAAUGGUAUCGGGGCCGUCGGGCUCGCCGUUCCCCGAGGUGGUGGAGCUGAACGUGGGGGGCCAGGUGUACGUGACGAGGCACUCCACGCUGCUCAGCGUCCCGGACAGCACGCUGGCCACCAUGUUCUCCCCGUGCCGGGGCGGCCCGGCAGCGGCCCGCCAGCUGCCCAGGGACAGCCGGGCGCGCUUCUUCAUCGACCGCGACGGCUUCCUCUUCAGGUACGUGCUGGAUUACCUGCGGGACAAGCAGCUGGCGCUGCCCGAACACUUCCCCGAGAAGGAACGGCUCCUGCGGGAGGCGGAGUACUUCCAGCUGGGCGACCUGGUGAAGCUGCUGUCGCCCAAGGUCACCAAGCAGAGCUCGCUCAACGACGAGGGCUGCCAGAGCGACCUGGAGGAUAGCAACUCGCAGGGCAGCAGCGACCGGCUUCAGCGGGCGGCGCUGGACAAGCGCUCGGGCUUCCUCACCGUGGGCUACCGCGGCUCCUACACCACGGUGCGGGACAACCAGGCGGACGCCAAGUUCCGCCGCGUCGCCCGCAUCAUGGUGUGCGGUAGGAUCGCCCUGGCCAAGGAGGUCUUUGGAGAGACCCUCAACGAGAGCCGUGACCCCGACCGGCCCCCCGAGAAGUACACCUCCCGCUUCUACCUCAAAUUCACCUACCUGGAACAAGCCUUCGACCGGCUCUCCGAGGCGGGCUUCCACAUGGUGGCUUGCAACUCCACCGGCACCGCCGCCUUCAUCAACCAGUACAGGGACGACAAGAUCUGGAGCAGCUACACAGAGUACAUCUUCUUCAAAUUUAAUAGCUUGUCAUAUGUGGGAGGUCAAAAUGAGGGCCCCCCCAGAGAACUGUUUCCCCCAAACAAGACCAUGAAGAAAGGAAGCAUGACAAAGUUUUGGACAAGGGCAGUGAAAGUGGGACUUCCUGUAAUGAGUUGUCCACCUCAAGCUGUGACAGCCACUCGGAAGCGAGCACCCCUCAAGAAAAUGCCACCAGCACUCAGCCAUCAGCCCACCAGCCAAAUACUCUGACGUUGGAUCGUCCGGCUAAGAAGGCCCCAGUGCAGUGGAUGCCUCCACCAGACAAACGCAGGAACAGUGAACUCUUUCAAACUCUCAUUAGCAAGUCCAGAGAAACAAAUCUUUCCAAAAAGAAGGUGUGUGAGAAGCUGAGUGUUGAGGAAGAAAUGAGAAAAUGUAUUCAAGAUUUUAAAAAAAUCCACAUUCCAGAUUACUUUCCAGAGCGCAAGCGUCCCUGGCAGUCUGAACUUUUACAGAAAUAUGGGUUAUAGUAAUCAACUCUUUCCUGACGUAUCUCUGAGGCAUUUGGUGUUUGUUACAUUGCCUCUAACUUACUGAUGUCAUCCUCCUGGCCGACUCUGCCACCAGAGCUAUUCCUGCUGCUUAUUUCUUUCUGUGAACAGUGGAUGUUGGAUAGUACAUGUCUUUCUUUAAAAAUAUAUAUAGAAAAAGAUAGAAACUUAAAAAAUGCAAAAGGUGUCUCAUCUAAACCACUUCGUAAUAGCAAAGAAAAAAAUUGCAUGGUCAAGAAAGAUGGUUUUCGAACCACAGUCAGUUGAGCUUCAUUAUUGUUUUGGAACUUAACAAAUAAAAAUCUCAAUCAGUUAACACCUCAUUUUAUGUCACCCUUAAAAAUGACUCAGACUUGCUAAGGAUGAAGAGAAACAGGGUUUAAAAUCCAAUUGAACUGGUUUUGGAACUAAUUCCCAACAUUCUCUAAAUGUUAAUGCAAUAAAGCAAAUACCUAUUUUGCAUGAGCACAAUAUUACAAAUAAAUCACACAAGAACAAGAGGUUGUCUGUUGCUUGGAGAAUUACUUGUUCGAUAACAAGCCUAUAAACAUAAAAUGUCUAAGGGAUUGAAUUUACUUUGUUCUGAUCUGUGAUUUUUUUGUGUGUACAGUGUUCUGUAUGUAAGGAUGGUGUAGAUAUGCCUUAUAUUGUUUUAUUAUUGCACCAACAAUGUUCAUCUAUUAGUGCUUGUCAGGAUUAUUUCUGUGAAAUGCAAAUUUAUGGCAGAUUGUGAAAACUGGUUUGAUGGUCUGAAAGUUUUUGUUAUGUUAGUCACUAAAAAUGGAGAAAAAUAAAAGAGAGUUUAAUGUAUUUAUUAAAAGAAUCAUCUUGUAGA